GACCAGAGAAAAAGAAUAGCAAGGAGGAAGACAAAAAGUUGAGUCAGAGGAGGUGUCGGAGCUUUGCAUUUCCCCCACAAUGGUGCUGUCGCUGCUGUUUUUGAGUAAAUCUACCAGUCUUUUUAAACACACGCGUCCGCUCGUAAACACGCAAUGGAAACAGCUCAAGAGCUGCUUCACGUUCUUUACGGCUCCUGUCGUUAUAAAACACACAGAACGACUCCCCGCAGCUGUCAGUCUUAACAACAAUAAGUGUUGUUUACCAAGUUCAGGUUUUCAGAGGAAAUAUUUCCACGUGACUCUACUAAGGCUGGAGAAACCCACCACUGUACAGAUAAGUGAACUUUCUGAAACUGCAUACGAGAAACUGGCAGAGGAGACACUGGAUGCACUGGCCGAAUACUUUGAGGAUCUGACAGAUGAAGCCUUUACUGGAGCUGACUACGAUGUGGUCUUCUCAAGUGGUGUGUUGACAGUCAAGGUCGGGGGUGAACACGGCACCUACGUCAUUAACAAACAGACUCCAAACAAACAGAUUUGGCUUUCUUCUCCCACCAGUGGGCCAAAGCGCUACCACUGGACGGGUAAACAUUGGGUGUACUCUCAUGACGGCGUCAGCCUCCACCAGCUGUUGUCCAAAGAGUUUUCGGUCAUCUUCAAUAAAAACAUGGACCUCUCUCACCUGACUUAUUCCUGAUACCAAAGUCCUGCUGUACAAGACAACAUGUACAUGUAACAAGUUGUGUAAAUAAUACAGUUACUAUAUAUUGUGUGUGUGUAUUUUGCUGUCCUUGGAACUGCAUCAUGUCUCCUGCAACACAAGCCCACAUGUAUAGAUGUACUGUGUGAAAAGAGGGGAAACUGUCAUCAAUUGUUGUCUGUGUUUCGUGAUUGCACUGGGAACCAUACUGUCUGUUCACAUUUAAAUUUUAAUUAAAUCAAUGGGCUUCCUAGUCCAGUAGUUCUAAACCUU